UAUAUACACAUCAAAAUUUGUCAUUCUCUCUCACUCCAAAAAACACAGGCACACACAUCAAUGUCUCAAGAAGCACUGUUGCUGCUAAUGCUGCAACUUCCUCUUCAACUCCAGCUUCUCCUUCUUCUUGUACUUCUGUCAUCUGAACCCCCUAGUUUCUUUCUUUCCAUGAAAAUGUCUAACCCCACAUUCUUGUUUCCCUCUCUUUCGUUCACAUUGUGAUCUCUCUUUCUCUUUUGAUCUACUACCUGUUUACAUCACUCAGAGAAGCAAGUCAUUUCAAUCUCUCAGAUGGAGCAGUAUGAAAUAUUAGAGCAAAUAGGGAAGGGUUCUUUUGGUUCAGCUCUUCUUGUGAGGCAUAAACAUGAAAAAAAGAAGUAUGUGUUGAAAAAGAUCAGGCUUGCCAGGCAGACUGACAGGUCACGUCGAUCUGCACAUCAAGAGAAAGAGCUCAUUUCUAGGAUCCGAAGUCCAUUUAUCGUAGAGUACAAAGAUUCCUGGGUAGAAAAGGGUUGCUAUGUGUGCAUUAUUAUAGGUUAUUGCGAAGGAGGAGACAUGGCAGAAGCUAUAAAGAAAGCUAAUGGCAUGCUGUUCUCUGAAGAGAAGCUCUGUAAGUGGCUUGUUCAGCUUCUCAUGGCACUUGACUACUUGCAUAUGAACCACAUUCUUCACCGUGAUGUCAAGUGCUCCAAUAUCUUCUUGACAAAACAGCAAGACAUUCGUCUUGGUGAUUUUGGACUUGCCAAAAUAUUAACUUCAGAUGACCUUGCUUCCUCUGUCGUGGGAACACCCAGCUAUAUGUGUCCUGAGCUUCUUGCUGACAUACCUUAUGGUUCUAAGUCAGAUAUCUGGUCUUUAGGUUGCUGUAUAUAUGAAAUGACCUCUCUUAGGCCUGCAUUUAAAGCAUUUGAUAUGCAAGCACUGAUUAACAAAAUAAAUAAGUCAAUUGUGGCUCCACUUCCAACUAAAUAUUCUGGUGCCUUCCGAGGACUUGUUAAAAGCAUGCUGCGAAAGAAUCCAGAGCUCAGACCCGGUGCUGCAGAGCUGCUCAGGCAUCCGCAGCUUCAGCCUUACGUCCUUAAGAUUCAUCUUAAGAUGAGUAGCCCUAGACAGAAUACAUUACCUUUCCAAUGGCCUGAACCCCAUUACAUGAAGAAAACAAGAUUUUUAGUGCCAGAAGAUAAUCCUCGCAAAGUUCACAGGGACAAGAGGUAUUCACUUGGUAAUGAUAGGGCAUUAAAUCCAAGUAUUUCUGUAGCAGAGCAAGAUUCUGUGUGUUCUACUGAAGGGAUACAUGAUACACCGAUUUAUUUGAAUCGAAGGUUAUCAGAUUCAUCCAUCGAGUGCAGCCAAGGAACAGUCAUUUGCAGAUCAAUUGCUUCAAAACCUUCAAACAGUGCCAAGACUCCAAAACUCACACCGACCAAAGCCUCUGUCACUAUUAAGAGACGGACAGAGUCUGCAAGAAAAUGUGAAUCUCUUCCUGUCACUCGAAAAACACCGACUGAAAAAUCCAACCCAUCAGCUCGCAGAGCAUCUUUUCCAUUGCCAUCAAAAGGCAGGAUACAAAAUUCCCCUAGUGGGACUAAUAUUAGCAUCCUUAGCCAGAUAAAAUCUCCGGAUGUUUCUGUCAAUGCUCCUCGAAUUGAUAGGAUGGCUGAAUUCCCGCUGGCUUCAUAUGAUGAACCAUUCCUCCCUAUCCGGAAAACGUCAUCAACCUCAGCACGAGGGUCAUCCAACUCCUUGCGUCAUGGUGACUGCUCAAUCACAAAGGAUAAAUGCACAGUUCAGCUCAGCGACAGAACCUCUGCAAGGCCCAAUCUCACUGAGGCCUGGCAAGGAAUUGAACUUGGUAUGUUUCAGGUAGAUGAAGAGAACGGAAGCAAUUCCUCCAAUCAAAAUGCCACUGCUGGGGCAUCAAGCCGCACCUCAUCAGACACGAGGCAGCGCAGGUUUGACACCUCAUCACUCCAGCAGCGCGCUGAAGCUCUGGAAGGUUUGUUAGAGUUCAGUGCAAGAUUGCUGCAAGCAGCAAGGUACGAUGAGCUUGGGGUGCUGCUAAAGCCAUUUGGACCCGGUAAGGUCUCCCCCAGGGAAACUGCCAUAUGGCUGACAAAGAGCUUCAAGGAAAAUACUGCCAAACCAGAAGAUUGACAGCGACCGUUUCCGUGUGUACUAUAUUUUGUAACUGCAACUAUCUUUAGAGUCAGAAGGUCUAUUGGCUUUUUGCCAACGAUUUAUGGGGGAGACGAUAGAUAUUUAGGCAGACAACUUUAUAGGUUAUAAAAUUUUUAAGCCAAUUGAGAUGCCCCAUUACUAUAUGUUAUUUAUGCAAAUGAACAGAUGUAACAAGGCCGUGUCCCUCUCUGUAUUCAGUAUGCUAUACUUCCAUGGCUGAACUGUGGUAAACUAGAUGUGUUUAACUUAA